AUGUCGCUGGGCGUACGACCAUCAAGACGAGCACUCUCAUCGCUCUAUCAAGCGCUCGACUUUACCGACCACCUCCGACUCUCUGAACCCGACCUUGGCUAUACGACCAUCCGCUCUACAUCCACGGAAAACAUCGAUGCCAACCGAUACAGAGACAUCCUCGCAUACGAUCAUGCCCUCUUACCGGGUCCUUAUCUCAACGCAGCAUACAUUCCACCUUUUCACCCGACCAGCGUGAGCUUCAUCAUAAGCCAAGCGCCGCCGCCGGACACGUAUACCGCGUUCUACACACACAUCGUCCAACAACGCGUCCGAGUGUUGGUCAACCUCACGCCGCUUAUAGAAAAGGGGAGGAGGAAGGCCGAUCAGUACUGGCCGAAUCACAGCGUUGGUGUCAGUGGGAGCGAAGGGGAUGCAGAGAUGGAGCUGGGAAACGGAUGGAAGGUGACGAGCGAGUCGGAGAAGCAGAUCGAGCUGCAACAGGGAGAGGCGACGUUGGUGAGGAGGGUGAUUCAUAUCGACACAGCCCAAACGGAUGGCUCGAAGAACGGAUGGGCGGUAACACAAUUUCAUCUCAGCAGCUGGCCAGAUCACGGCGUCUUUCCAACUUCGCUGCUGCUCCAACUCAUGCACGAGACACAACAGGUCGCCAUGCCCAAGAUCUAUCCCCCUCCCCCGACGUGGAUCCACUGCUCGGCCGGUGUGGGGAGGUCAGGGACGCUAGCAGCUGCAUACAUUGCUCGGGCUGCAAUCAAUGUUGCGAGGCAUGAAGGGACACUCGCCGGGGAUGCAGAUGACUCGCUGAUGGCAAGGAAUCAGAGAUCGCACGUGUGGGAUCUACCAGUAAGGAUAGUGGAGCACCUGCGCAGGUAUCGAGCGAGGAUGGUGCAGACCAUCGAGCAGUUCGAGGCGGUGUACGAGAUUGUGGGGGAGCUGGCCAAGCAGGCUGGAUCAGCGGAAAAGUAA